AUGUUGCUUUUUGCUUGUUUAUUGUCACUCUCAACAGCACUGUUAGGCACUGAUACCACUUAUGUCUUGCCUACUUCAGGAAUUGCAUGCUUGAAAAACAUGUCGAGUGAUUUCAUUAUCUUCCUUGCCUCGGACUCGAACACGGGGAAGUUUUACUCGAGCGUUGCGUCUACCGUCAAAAAUGCGUGGUCCAUUGGCUUUGAGAAGGCACAAGUUGAUCUUUUAUUUACGCCGUGUGUUACUUGUGGAAAUCCAGAAACUCAAAUUGUCGAGUUUUAUGGGAACGUCACUUCUAAUAAAUUGAAACCGAAUUGCAUCUGGUUGAACGUCAUUGACGGAUGGUAUUCGGAUAUCCCAGACAGACAAGGUUUCUUCGAAAAGAUGAUCGCACAAGCUACUAAGUCUAAAAUGACGUUUGGUAUCUUCACCUCGAAAAAAUAUUGGGAAGGCGUCUUCGGUGAUACUUAUGAAUGCCCUAACGCAAGAACAACACCACUCUUCUAUUACAAUUCUGAUAACAAUCCAAGUUUCAGCGAUUUCAGGAGAUUCGGAGGGUGGGCUAAACCUACCGCAAAAAGAUACUCCCCUAAUAACUACGUCUGCAACACUAAGGCAAAUUACGACUACAAAGAAUAA